CAGCUGUAGAUCACUCACUUUUUUUGCUGAAGUAUGAUAUUAGGGUUGUGACAUCAAAUAUACUGGUGGGAAGACUCCAAACUGUGCUCUUGCAUCCCUGUCACGUGUUGCUUACUUAGCUGGUCAAACAUUGACAAACUAAAUAAAUCAAGAAUAUGUACAAUGGUGUUUAAAUCUUUUAAUGACCUUCACCUGAAAAACUAGGUAAAACAUUUCGAUGACUAAUAUUCCUACCAGGGUGUUACACGCAAUGCAAAAUUUAGUCAGGCUUUGCCAACAAUAAGAACAUCUUAUGGCUAAAAUCAUUGGUGUUUCAUGGAGCCAACGCAUGGAAUAGACUUGACGCGGAAAUGAAUUUAUUCUCUACGAUUCGGUCAUUCAAAACGAAAUUAUAAGCUUUAAACUGAAAGCAUUCAAGGAAAGCUGAUCGGCAUAUUUAUCUUUAUUUUCUUAUCACUUCUUAUUAUUAUUAUUAUUUGGAAUAUAAAGACUAGAAAUAAAAAAUUUUUGAAACCGUUUGAGCUCAUAUUUGUCUGAAUACAGAUCUGUUUAUCGUUAUUUAGAAAACCCUAACCACUCGGCUGUACAAAACACUCAAAAGUUCCUGGAAUACUGCCCUAGAUUUUUGGAAAUUGUCAAUAGCAUCUUAGCAACACCCCUUAGGAAUUUUAUAAUGCGGAAAAAGAGAGCGUAUUAUUUCUCAGAAAUACAAACCGAUUGUUUGAAGAACAGUUGAGCAACCACAAGGUUAUUCUCCGUGCCAACUGAACCGUCUAGAGAGGCCCUUCUCGUCCGUACGGAUAGCAUUGGUAACACUUGCCGUUAUAUUGGCGGGCGAGGAAAGAAUCUCUCUCCGAAAUGGCUUCUGCUGGAUAUGACGAUUCAACCGAUAACCUGGAGACUGAUGACAUUGUAAGCACUAUAAAAAAGAUGUUGAUUCAUGCAAUAUGCCUAAACAAUGCUAAUGGCUUUGAUAUGGCUGUCGACGGUCUGCAGCAGCUUGGCGUUGGCCUAAAUUGGAGAGCAAAUGAACAAUCGUUUGCUUUUAUAGGAGACGACUGGCGCACGCCCUUAAGUCUGGCAGCAUGUUUAGGCAGUACAGACAUGGUGGAGAAGCUGCUUAUGAAAAACACUGAUCCUAAUAUGCGUAGCAAAGAUAAGAAAGGGCGGGAAACUGGUCGGAAUGCACUUCAUGAGGCCGUAAGGUAUGGUCAUACUAAAACAGUGGAAUACUUGUUGAAGAAUGGGUUUCAAGUCGAUGAUCGCGAUGCAAAGGGAUGGACUCCUUUACAUAUCGCUCUUAUAUACGAUCGGCAUGAAGUAGCUACACAGCUCAUUGACUGUGGGGCGAAUCCACAUAUCGUUGCUUCCAUCAAUAUCAAUGACCUGUCAAUAGCUGACCGAUUCUCCAUCAAAACGUUAUUCAAGACACACAAUCUAGGUUGCACCACGUCUCCAAUUUUCGAUUGGAACUGUGCAUUUCUCGCAUCCCAUUGUCAUCAACCUAGAAUUUUGUCAACAUUGAUCCGUGAUCAUUUUCAAGACCAGUUGAAUUCUCAAACUCCCUCAGGCUCCACUCUCCUACAUGAAUCGGUAUGUUUGCCAAAAAAUUAUAAUUUUGAAGAUUCAAUGACUUUCCAGAAUCACCAGGAAACCAUCAGCGUUAUACUAGAAUAUGGAGCUGAUCCUAAUAUGGUUGACUCUAGUGGAAAAACACCGCUUCAUCUAUUCUUCGAUGAUGUCAAUUUGACCAGUAAUAGGAUAAAAUGUUUACCAAGAAUGGUUCUAGAUACUGUUCAUCUAUUUCUGCAGUACAAACAAGACUUGGGCAUUGCAGAUUCAAGCCGAAGGACCGUUUGUCAUCAAGCUGCUGCAUUUGGUAACCCUGAAGUAAUGAAAGAACUCCUUGAUUAUGGUGUUGACUGUACCGCAGUGGAUAGUGAUGGUAAUACGCCAGCACAUGUUGCCGCCUAUCAUGGGAACUUCGAUUGUUUGCAGCUUCUUAUAAAUCAAAAGGGAAUGCGAGAAAUAGCCAAUGAUCACGGUGAAACGGUGUUUCAUGCAAUAAUGAAAGCCAAACGAGAUGAGGUCGCCAUUCUUAAGGUUCUAGAUUUCAUUAAAGCCCAGUUUGAUCCAUCGAAGAAGAAUCUGUUUCAAGAGACAGUUUAUGAUUUGGCCGUAAAGCGAAAUCUGGACAGAGUAUUCAAGGCUCUGUCUAACUCAAUGUGUUCACCAAAUGUAUGUGACGUUGAAAAAGAAGGUUUGUCUGUUUGCCCUACUGACAAAAAAGAGGGAAACUGCAAUGCUGCGAGUUCAAGAGAACAAUUGGUCCUAAAUUUUGACAAGGAAAUCUGUAUCAAAGACCAUCUGCUGCAUCAUUGCAAUCAAAACCAACUUGGCAAAAUUCAUCUGGAUGAGGACGGCUCAUUCUGCCAUGAGAGGUGCGAGGUCGCCAAACAAAUUAUGCGGCUGAUUAGGACUCUGUUGGACGCUGUAGCCAACGAGGACAAAAGGUUUUCUUUCACUGUUUUAGCAACUGGCAGUGCGUUUGAAGGAUUCAGAAUCAGAAAACCAGAUGAGUUUGACUUCAUGAUUGAGAUGAAGCUGUUAUCAACGAAUGAAUAUGAAAUUAUUGAGAGCGGCAGGCCGGGAUUCACGCGUGUCCGCAUCAAAGAGCCAUAUGUGGAGAAAUGGCAGGACAUGACGUCAAGCGAAGGUUACCUUAAUUCACAAAAGCUUAAACAGACUUUAUAUCGCAUGCUAGCUGCAAAAUCUAGCAUAGUUCCAAUAACCCCUGAUACAGUCUUGUUGUUCAAUAAAACCAAUUAUGAUAAUUGUCAGUUUUGCGAACCGUUGUUUCAGCAGAGCAAGGCUGGUAUUAAAAUGACAUUGCUUUGGAGAGGAAAUGAGUAUCCAUUUAUGCCAGUCGAUAUAGACGUAACUCCGGCUAUACGCAUAGAAAGUUGGCCCUCGGCGGCAAUUGUUCCUCCAAAUCAUGUUCUAGAUAACUGUGAACGAAUUGGUUAUCACGUGAUUCCAAAAUCAGAGGCCAAUGAUCCAUUGCUGUGGAGAAUUUCUUUCUCAGUGGCAGAGCUCUCCAUUCUGCAAAACGUCUCUGCAAUCCAAGGAGCUUGCUACACUAUUCUGAAGCUUAUAAAGGAACAAACAGUUCUUUUCAAAGGAAAACAGUUCUCGCACUUUGGUUACCUUCAUACGUAUAUUUUGAAAACAAAGUUUUUUGAAGAACUAGAAAAAUCUAAAGAUACAGAGCUUUGGAGUGAGGAUAAAUUGGAAGACCGAGUGUGUAGCGUAUUGAGAGCAGUUGCUGAGCACUUGAAUCAAACGAGCAGUUCAUGCGUGGAGUCGUACUUUCUUCCAGGUUAUAAUGUCCUUGGCAAAGAAGACGUUCAAAUUGCCAAAUUGGCUUCAGCAUCAAUAAGAAAGAGUCUGCUUGAAAUUGCUUCGUAUUUGCUCGGUGAGGCAGUUGAAAGCUCGCAGAUCAAAGAAAGUGAGAAAGCAAUGCAUUUCGGACUAGAUUCGAAUGUAGACAAGGCUGGUAAAGAAGAAGUUCGCAUUGCACAAUUGGCUUCAGCAUCAAUAGGAAAGUGUGCGAAUGAAAUAGCUUCAUAUUUGCUCGGCGAGGCAGUUGAAAGCUCGCAGAUCAAAGAGAGUGAGAAAGCAAUGCAUUUCGGACUAGAUUCGAAUGUAGACAAGGGUGGUAAAGAAGACGCUCGCAUUGCACAAUUGGCUUCAGCAUCAAUAGGAAAGAGUGCGAAUGAAAUAGCUUCAUAUUUGCUCGGCGAGGCAGUUGACAUCUCCCAGAUCAAAGAGAGCGAGAUAGUAAUGCAUUUUGAACCAGAUUCAGAUGUAGACAAGGGUGGCAAAGGAAGAACUUUGUUAGAAUAA